AUGGCGUCUCCAUCUUGUAUCCACGCCGGAGAGCGCCUGCGGCGCCUCAUGCAGAAAAAGUGCAUCAUGCUUCCAGGAGCUCACAACGGCAUCACGGCGCGUCUAGCUGCCGAGGCAGGCUUUGAAGGCCUCUAUGUCUCUGGAGCUGCUCUCAGUGCAUCACAAGGUGUCCCCGAUAUCGGUCUCCUAGGGCUAGAUGACUUCACACGCGCAAUCGCACAAGCCUCCGCAGUGACCAGCCUCCCUGUUCUCGCCGAUGCCGACACUGGCUUCGGCGGUCCUGAGAUGGUUCGGCGCACUGUCUUCGCGUACAACCAGGCGGGCGCGGCCGGGCUACACAUCGAGGAUCAACUCUUGCCGAAGAAAUGCGGGCAUCUGGAGGGGAAGCAGUUGAUUCCUAUUGAAGCGAUGGAGGAGAAAAUCAAAGCCGCCGUGGGUGCUGCGCAGGACUGCUCGCGCGGCGACUUCAUCAUCUGCGCGCGCACAGACGCCCGCGGCGCCGAUGGUCUUGACGCCGCUGUGGAGCGAGCGGUCCGGUAUACCCAAGCUGGCGCCGAUAUGAUUUUCCCUGAGGGGUUGCAAACAGAGGCGGAAUUCCAAGCAUUUGCACACGCUCUGUCCGUCUUGCCCGGGAAAGCCCCCUUCGGAGGCCCUUAUCUUCUCGCAAAUAUGACAGAAUUCGGGAAAACACCCAUGACGGAACUUGCCGCCUUCGAGAGUAUUGGCUACCACUGCGUUAUCUACCCCGUAUCUCCCCUCAGAGUCGCCAUGAAAAGCAUCAAAGACAUGCUGAUCCACUUGCGCAAAGACGGCUCUGUAGGACAGAGUUUGGAAAAGAUGUAUACACGACAGGACUUGUAUUCCACUCUCCGGUACCGGCCGAUGGAGCCGUGGACGUAUCCCUCUCCGAGCGCACCAAAGACCAAACAGUUGGAAGACGACGAGGACUAG